AUGAGCCCAGUUAACCCUAACGACCUUACAAACACGAUGAACUGCCCUAACACCAGUAACACAAAGAAAAUGUCCUUCCUGGACACCCUAAAAUCGAACCACAACUGUGACCAAGACAGUAACCAAAUCACAGUGCAACGUAACAUAGACCUAUACGAACCUGAGGAUGAGAUCAACAACUACCCAGAUCCCAACCUCUUCAUCCCAAUCACUUCAUCUGAUAAGGAACGACUCUACAAGAACUGGACCAAUGCCCUCAUUGUUAAAAUGUUUGGUAGACGAGUGGGGUACCAUUUCCUUCAAAGGAAACUGCAUGCAAUAUGGAAACCUACGGAGACUCUAUCUCUUAUUGAUCUAGGAAGUGACUACUACUUAAUAAAAUUCACAAAGGAGGAAAAUUAUAGGAAAGCUCUACAUGAAGGAACGUGGUUCAUUGGUAACCAAUUUCUUAUAGUUAGAAAAUGGGAGCCCAGAUUUGUAGCUUCAAAAGCCGCCCUGACAUACUCAGCUAUUUGGGCAAGGCUCCCGGAACUUCCUGCCGAAUUCUAUGACUAUGACAUAUUGCAAAAAACUGGCGAAAAACUAGGACAACUAAUACGAAUAGAUGCUUGCACAAAAUCUGCGAUGCGAGGCAAAUAUACCCGUCUUUGCAUCUUAGUUCCCAUAGUAAAACCACUCUAA